AUGUCCAUCAUCCAGCAGCACACGAGCGCCACGCUCGGCGAUGCCUGGCGCACAAUCAACAUUGACGCCCUGACCGAAGACUCGAGCGUCAACUUUGACACCUCGACCCUGCACCCGCCGCAACCCGAGAUCACCGAGGCCGACGUGCGCGGGCUGUCCGGCCAGGUCAGGCAGCUGCUCCGUGGCGGCGAUGCUGAGGGGGCUCUUCGCGGGUGUCUGGAGACGCCGGUAUACAACGGAACCGAUGCGGCCAAGGAUGCCCAUCUGCAAACACUCACCGAGGUCCUACAGUCCAUCAAGGCCAGCGACAUGACGCCGCUGCUGAAGCGCAUCUACGAGUCGCCCGGUGGCAGCGAGUGCCUCGACGUCCUGAUGAAGUACAUUUACAAGGGAAUGGCGGGAUCGCAAGGCGGACGCGCAUCCAAAAUGGCCCCCCAACCUACCGGCGGCUUCAGCCAGGUCGGCGGCCGCCCCGGCGCGUCCAACGAGCCAGCGUCGGCUGGCAUGAGCGUCAUGCUUAGCUGGCAUGAGAAGCUCGUCGAGGUGGCCGGCUUGGGAUGCAUUGGCAGGACAAUGACCGACUGGCGCCGAGUAUAA